CAGUUCAGGGUCUUGACAGGUCUCGUCACCGAAAACUCAUUCACGCAGAACAGGAGAUCUGCGGGAAAGAGAAAAUUUCGCGAGGCAAUGGCUCAUAACAGCGUCAAAAGUCUUCCACCGGCUUCAUCCACUGCGCAGGCCUCGAUAUCAUCAGCAUCAGAGACUGAUGACGAGACUCAGGACAAGCAAAGCUCUGCCUUUGUCACGUUCGAUGCCAUCUUUUUCUCGGAGAAUCGAGACUCGGAGCCCUGCUUUUCACAUGAUUCCUGCAGCAAAAUGCCAGCUGGAGAUCUUGCACAAUUCAACUGCCAUGAGGAUGAAGACUACUUCGCAGAUGAUGACCGAAUCUUGGGCCUGGAUGACAUGCAUUCCGUUGACCGCAGUUCACAAAAACGUCUCGGGGAUGCGGAAAUGCCAUACCAUACGGAUUACAAAGUGGGCUUAUUCAAAGUUGGACAUCGUCAGAGCCUGGGGGACAAUAAGCUGGCCGAUGCCAAGAACCAGAAACGAUUCCGGCACAAACUAGAAAGUUUUCCUGCUGAGGUUCCCUUGUCAGAGAGUGGGAAACUGCGCUGUAGGCAGAAAAAGCUGAAACAAGAUACUGGACGGCUCGAAAGCCUGGGGGACAAUAAGCUGGCCGAUGCCAAGAACCAGAAACGAUUCCGGCACAAACUAGAAAGUUUUCCUGCUGAGGUUCCCUUGUCAGAGAGUGGGAAACUGCGCUGUAGGCAGAAAAAGCUGAAACAAGAUACUGGACGGCUCGAACGUGUUGUGCACAGGAUGGACCGAAUCAAAGCCGAGUUGCAGGCUGAGCUUGAAGCGCUGCUGGAAGACCGAGACCGAGUCACUACGGAGCUCAGGGUCUUGUCGAGAUCUGAACCUGCUUUGCGUCGACGGUGGCUCUUCGCAAAGCUGCAACACGACAUUAGACAGAAAUUCGCCGAAUGCAAUCGCCUCUGGGCAGACCAAGCAGACCUCUGUAAACAAAUUUCCACCCACGCUCCGAGGAUGACUUUUCGCGACGUUUUCCGGACUGGCGACGAUUGCGCAGAUGUUCUGAACCGCAUUGCGGAGAAGAAAAGAAAGGCAAUGAAUCGACUUGAGCAGCUGGAGUCCCAGUACAAUGGCUACGUUAAAUUUGGUUAUCAAUUUCGCCAAGAUGUAGAGUUUCUGAUCCUCGGACUUAUACACGCCUGGCAAAACAAAGAAGGAAUGAAAUCGCACUUGGAAAAGCUAUCAAAUUACAUUCUCGAGGUCAAUGAUAUCUUGGAGAUUCGAGACCCUGUUCAAGCUUUGGUAAAAGCUUGUUUCAAUGAUUUGUGGCGCCCCGGGGAAAAAUCCCGCAACUUUUUUCGCAUGGAUACAAACAUUUGUCGGCUGGUAGAGAAAACCCCGGAUCAGCCGUCGACGUCUAGACCCACUGAAUUUGCAUUGCAGAAUUUCAUUGAAGCUUCCAGCCUUGACAGCAUUGCAAUACAGCUAGCUGUGGAUCUCAAUGCCAUAGACAAGCAUUUUGAAUACGUUAAAAACCUGUUCAACAUCGUAAGCAAAGAUCAAACUUCCACCGAGAGCCUGUUGACAACCGAAGGAAAAUUUGCAAAAUCGUUAAACUUCGGUCGUUUUGCAAAACUAAGUUCAUCGCGGGAAAGGAUGGACCAAUGGAUCCCUGGGGAUCUGAAGGAGCAUAGCAGUCUUCGUGUUGUAAUUGACCGACUAUUGAAAGCUGGUUCAGACGAGACCGGAGAAAACGCGCCUGACAAUGAUUACGACGAUGUUGAAUCAGACAGGGAGGUCGCAAGAGGAAUUGAAGUACGCAAAAUCAUCGAGCCCAAUGUUGAAUAACGCUGAAUACAAUAAUUCUUCAAUCCGC